AUGGUGGAGCUGAGAUUACUUGGGGGAAGUUCAGUACCCAUUUUGACCAAGAACCCAAACACAGUGCACGGCGGGUUAACGAUGACCUCUCCAUCUUUUGAAAAUGCAAAUUCGGAAUUCCAGGUGGGGAUAAAUCAAGGGUCGAUAUACCUUUCCCAAGAGCGAUCGGAACCCCGCUUCGAGCCUCUGUCAACUGUACCAUUCCAGCGCGACCCAGACUUCGUUUGUCGUGAUGGACCCCUCAACCAAAUUCACCAAAGAGCCUCUCUCCCGGGGGCCAGAAUAGUCCUCGUCGGUCUUGGUGGCGUUGGGAAAACACAGCUUGCCAUCGAAUACUGCCACUGGGUGCGACAAAGAUCUCCGGAGACGUGGGUUUUCUGGAUUCAUGCGAGUAACGCGGCCCGCUGCGAGAAAAGCCUCCGGGACCUUGCCGAUCGAGUUGAGAUUCCUGAGCGAGAUGACCGCAACGCGAAUAUAUUCCAACUAGUCGGGAAAUGGCUACAAGACAAGAGGAUUGGAAAAUGGAUUCUCGUCCUAGAUAAUGUCGAUGAUGACGAGCUCAUUCGCAAACCUUUAGCAACCGGUACGGAGAGCCAAUCAAGCAGCCCGAUCAAUGCAUCGACGCAGCCGCCGCUAUGGUACCUCCUCGAAAGCUCAAAUGGCUCCAUUAUUAUCAUUAGUCGGAGUAAAGGAGUAGCGUUGAACAUCGCUAGUCCUAAGAAUCUCAUCGAAGUACAACCAAUGGAAAAGUCUGAAGCGAUGGACCUGUUACAGAAAAAAGCAGAUAUACCUGCAGAGAGUGAAGACAUAGCGCCCCUGGUGGAGGCCCUUGAAUUCAUGCCACUUGCGAUCGUACAGGCUGCCGCCUAUAUCACGCACCGUUCACCUCGAUGUUCAGUAUCUCAAUACCUUGAGAAAAUCCAGAAGAGUGAUAGGGAAGCAGCACAGCUGCUUAAUUACGCGGCAGGCGUUCUUCACCGAGACUGGGAAGCCAAGAACUCUAUUCUGGUCACUUGGCAAAUCUCCUUUGACUAUAUCCAUGGUCUAAGACCGUCUGCGACAGGCCUUCUUUCUCUUAUGAGCUUUUUUGAUCGUCAAGGAAUUCCUGAGAGCAUUCUCCGAGUCCGGCAAAGCCAGGAAACUCACAGAGAUAUAUCCCCUGGAGAAAAUGAAGAUAGUUCCGGUGAAGAGGGCGAAGGCAGCUUGUCUGGCUCUGACACUGAUCAGUGUUUUGAAGACGAUAUUAGCACACUUACCGACUUUGCAUUAAUUUCAAUCGGCGAGCAAAGCACGGUAUUCAUAAUGCAUCGACUAGUGCAAUUGACCGUGCGCACUUGGAUGAAAACUAAUGGCCAGCUUGAACAGGGCGUUUGGUAUGCGCAAGAAAUUGGGAAUAUAACGGACGCGACAGAAAUGGCACUGAAGUCAAGAAAGCAGAGAUUGAAAUUUUUUGGCGCAGAAAAUGAAAAAACCCUUCAGAGUACUGCAAUAUUAGCGGCAGCAUACAGUGACGAGGGCCUGUGGAAGGACGCUGAGCAGCUCGAAAUGCUGGUGAUGGAAACUCGCAAGACCAAGCUCGGCGAGGACCAUCCCGACACACUAACGAGUAUAGCCAACCUGGCGUUAACGUAUAGCGCUCAGGGCCGGUGGGAGGAGGCCGAGCAGCUCCAGGUGCAGGAUAUGGAGACGAGCAAGACCAAGCUCGGCGCAGACCAUCCCGACACGCUGACGAGCAUGGCCAACCUGGCGUUAACGUAUAUGGAACAGGGCCGGGUAGAGGACGCUGAGCAGCUCCAUAUGCAAGUGAUAGAGACUCGCAAGACAAAGAUUGGAGAGGACCAUCCCGACACACUAUGCAGUAUGGCCAGUCUUGCUUUCACCUGCAAAUCUACAGGUCGAAAAGCCGAUGCUAUGAAUUUGCUGAGGAUCUGCGUAGCUAAGCAGCAACUAUUCAUAGGUCCUGCUCAUCCUGACACUGUGCUCAAUUCCAACACUUUGCUGGAAUGGGAAACUGAGGAGCUUGGUACCGAUUCGCAUUUCAUGAAAAGUACCUCGGUUUAUUGA